UUAGUAGGCGCCCUCCUUUGCAGACUGAUAUCACACUUGUCUGCCUUAGUUCCGCGUUAUCUCUCGUACCGGUACAUGUACCUCACUCCAUUCCAUUUCACAACUUUUUCUCAAGUUCAGAGAGGUUCGUGUAAUCAUAUUUCCUCCAGCUCAUGAUAGUGGUCAGACAGCAUGGUGAAGGAGCAUCAGCCUGUAAUUCUGGGCAAGAUUGGACUGAAGGACUCAAAACAGGCUAAUCGCUCCGUACCUCGUGGUGUCGAUAAGGGUCCUGUCGGAUCUACUAUUGGAUUUGGGUCAACGUCGGAUACGAAUUUUGAGCGCUUUAAGCCUUCACACACCAUCGGUGAACGAGAGGAUGUGACUAGACAGCAAUUCGCGAGUUCAGUUACGGAUACUCAGGAUGGCUUCAGGCGAGAAAGACAGCCCAACAAAGUGGGCAUUUUCACGCCUGGAGAAGACGCCCAGGCGUCUCGUCAUUUCAAUGACACCCACCGUGGGGGCAUAGCGGGUGUUGACCCUUAUCGUGUACCACCACUGCCCAUCACUGGCAAGGACCGCGAUCGUAUUUCGGCUUUGGGUCAGGAGCGAGACAGACAGAAGUCAUAUGCCAACAUUAAUACCACAUCCUCUAUCCUGGCCUUAUCUUCUUCGGCGACGUGCAACCCAGGUUAUACGGCCCCCGUCAAUGCGCCCCCAGUUUCUGCUAUUAUCGGCGCCAUGAAAUCAGUUUCGUUUGAAGAUGGCGGUGAACAGUCUAGCUCGAGUCCCAAAGGCCGGAGUAGUCUGUCGCGCCCGCAAGUUUCAUACACACGCCCCAGCGUACCAGCGCCUCCUAUUAUCAGACCUACCGCCACCAAAAAAUCGGUCUCGUUCGAUAGUGGCGUUCAGUCUAGCACGAAUCUUUAUGAUCGAAAUGGCCCAUCUGACAUCCAGGAUCCAUACGUACGCCGCAAUGUACCCCUACCGUCUAGCAGCAGACCUAUCGUCACCAAGAAAUCGGUUUCUUUCGAUAGUGACGUCCAGUCUAGCACGAGUCUUAAUUAUCAAAAUGAUCCGUCUGACAUCCGGGGUUCGUACGCACACCACGGCAUACCCCUACCGUCUAGCAGCAGACCUAUUCUCACCAAUAAAUCUAUCCCGCCCAACAUUGGCGGCUUUCAGUCUAGCUCAAGUCGCGAAGGCUGGACUGAUCCGUCGCGCUUGCCAUAUGAAACCCGCUAGGACUCUUCGCACUCCCCAGAGACACCAAAGGAAGUCUCGCAGAGCUGGCAGUCGUCGUCUAACAGAUUCAAUUCUCAACACCCCUUGCUAGACGUUGCAAGCGG